AUGGGAAAACACAAAUACGGGAUAAUGCAACAUGGUACUGAGCUGUUGGCUUCAUACAAUGAUGAAGAUAUCUAUCUUUUUGACACUCGUUCUACGACAGGAACAGAAUUUAUCCAUAAGUAUGAAGGUCACAGGAACAAUGCUACUGUGAAAGGUGUUGGUUUCUUUGGACCUCGAAGCGAAUUUGUGGUCUCUGGAUCGGACUGUGGAAAUAUUUAUUUCUGGGAGAAGCAUACAGAGGCAAUUGUACAAUGGAUGUGUGGAGAUGAAAAUGGUGUGGUGAAUUGUCUUGAGCCACAUCCUCAGAUUCCAGUUAUUGCUACAAGUGGGUUAGAUGAUGAUGUGAAGAUUUGGGUUCCAUCUUGUGAGCGAGAGCCUGCCAUGACAGGUCUUAAGUCUGUUCUGCAGCGCAACCGCCGAGCAAGAGAAGAAGAAAGUGGUCGCAAUCCAGACAGUUUUGACGGCCAGAUGUUGUGGAUUCUGUGGCGACACAUUCGUCAAACUGAGAGGCGUAGUGGCCGUGCCCGAGGCACACGAGAGCAGCAGCAGGACGAGAUGGGAGAUAGCUACUCUUCAGACGACUCGAGCAACAGCUCAGAUGGCGACCGUGAUCGCCGCUUGCAGUGUUCUCCUUCGUAGUUGGCACCAGCAGCAGUUGACUGCCCCCCAUCCCUAUGUCGUGCCAUCUGAACCCAGCAAAAUUAAUUUCCUCUUCCUUAUAAGUGGACAUGGAGUGCCUGGCUUCUCAACUCCCAUCUUGUUAGCUCUGUAAUCCUUCAAUAGGAUUCCUGUAAUAUACAUUCAU